AGCCAACACCGGCCCAGGUCUGUUUGUUAAAGGCUAUUAUCAAAUAGAAGGGCUGUAAACCAGAUCCUCCUUCUCCUACCGUUACCGAGCUUCACCACUUUGUCCUUGGCAAUUUGUUUCGUACACUUUGCUUUGGCGCACGUGUACUGCACGGUCAUCUAUUUUUGCGUCCUUACUUUUUGGUGUAUAUGGCUUCUAUUUAAGUGAGCUUCUUGUUACAAUAGCUGAGACCCUGUAAACCCUGUCUGUGCGCCUUGUGGCCCGACGGGUGCACGUAUCUUCCUAUUUAGAAACAGGCGGCGACAUCGUCGGGGCACGGCCUGCAUGAUACCGGUGAAACAUAUUUCGUAGGACAAUCGAUACACGCGGACCACAUACGCCUUCUUCUUGACCGCUUGACCGUUUGAUCAUGUCUCUUCUGCACAUGUUUUUUUCUUCCCUACCCUUUGCUUUCUCACAUUGUUUUUUAACCCGGGGGUUGAAAAUACGCCCACAUUUUUCAGGCCAUUUCCUUUUUUCUCUUUCCCUUGGCCCUUCCCUUGGCUCUGGCUCUUCCCCUGGCUCUGGCUCUUCCCUUGGCUCUUCCCUUGGUCCUGGUCUUGCCUCUGUCGGUCCUGGUGCCACUGUAGAUCGCGUUCGACUCUCAGGACUCAACUCUCGGCAAUCGACUGUCUGGCAUUCGACUCUCGGCAAUCAACGCUCGGCAAUCAGCUCCCAGCUUCAGUGUUCGGCUCCCAACAUCCGAGUAUCCAGUAAGCAGCUCCUCCAGCAUUCGACAACAGCAGCAAAUGGCCGUCCUUUUGGGUGUUUCGAGAGUCAAUUCCUUCCCCUACCCCUACCCCUUCCCUUUCCUCUUCCCUUCCUUCCUCCCGUCCUUCCCUUCCGUCUACCCUUCCGUGAUUGACUCAAAGCCAAAUGAUUGGGAGACCGGGUCAGCCAG